GAGGGACGUCAAGACAUAGCCUAAUCAUACAAUGCCCCAGAAAAUGAAUUGAAAAAAAUAUAGAUUGUUCUACCCUGGAUACCAACUCCCUACAUACGUGCAUGUUUACAGAAGUAUUCCUCAGAUUAUUUAGAGAGACAAACUUACAUUUAUUUCUUUGCUUUAAGUUUAAAUCCCCCCCCCCCCACCUUGAAAUCGCCAUACACAAACAAAACUAUUAUGUGAGACCGUAUAUGUAUUUUGUAUUAUCUCCCUUAUCUUUUCGUUAGUUUACGGCGAUGUUCGAUUACGAUAACGGAAGUGCUUGACGGUAACCCACGGCAAAAGGCAAAAUAUUUUGUAGCACCUGAUUCUUUAUUUUAAAAUAUGAAAAUGCCGCUCUUUAUCGAUAAUAUUACAUAAAGAAUAAUGGCAGAGUUGUAUCUUUUGACAAUUUGUGUGAUUUAAAUUACCAGUUUGACAUUUGUUUUGAGAAGCGGACAGAAAUGUCGGAUUCGGAGGAUGAAUCUCCCGAAAAGCAGCUAAAAAUAGUUCUCAUGGGCGAUGGCGCUUCUGGCAAGACGUCUCUUGCAACACGGUACUCUCAGGAGCAGUUUAACCAGCAGUAUGGACAGACGGUUGGCUUGGAUUUCUACCUCAAAAGAGUAGUAUUACCGGGUAACGUGCAUGCUGCGCUACAGGUGUGGGACAUUGGAGGACAAACAUUAGGAGGGAAGAUGUUGGACAACUAUAUAUACGGUUGCCAUGGUGUGUUACUAGUAUAUGAUAUUACAAACUACGCUAGUUUUGAGAAUCUUGAAGACUGGUAUAAUGCUGUGAAGAAAGUCACCAGCAAAGAUGGCAAGCCACCACACAUGGCCUUGAUUGGCAAUAAAAUCGACCUGGAACAUAUGAGAACUGUGAAGCUGGACAAGCACCAGAAAUUUGCUCAAGAACACGGAAUGUCGAGUCAUUUUGUGUCGGCUAAGACUGGAGAUUCUGUGAAUCUGACUUUUCAAAGAAUAGCUGCUGAGAUUCUUGGAAUAAAACUGACCAAACCGGACAUAGACCAGCACCAGCGGGUUGUUAAGGCGGAGAUUAUUCAAUACAAAAACAAGGACCCUGCCACAAGCCCAUUGUCACCAUCACAGACGAGGAGUUCCUUUUGUUCUCUACAAUGAGGUAGACAUUCAUUUUGUGUUCUACAAUGAGGUAGACAUUCAUUUUGUUCUCUACAAUGAGGUAGACGUUCAUUUUGUUCCCUACAAUGAGAUAGACAUUCAAUUUGUUCUCUACAAUGAGGUAAACAUGUUCAUUUUAUUCUCUUCAGUAAGAUGGACAUGUUUAUUGUCUUCUCUUCGGUGAAAUGGGCAAAAUGUUCAACAAAGGAAGAUCGACAAAGUUCAUUUUCUUUUCUACCGUGACAGGAGCACGUUUAUUUUAUUCUCUUUUGUGAGUAACAAGUUCAUUUUGUUCUCUUAACUGGGAUGUUACACCUUACAAGAGAAUGUUGUUAGUGGCAGCUGAAGUUUUCUGUUGACAUUGAUAAGAUUGAUUAAAUAAUCACUGCAAACGAUUAAUAGAAAAAUUAAGCUGACAGCUUUGUUUAGUGACUGUGGACAUGUUGAAGAAGAAAGAAAAAAAGUGGUCUGCAUUUUUAUAUACCUGUAGAUUAUAAUUCAGUUUUGCUUUCUUAACUGAAAAAAAUGAUUUGAUGAUAUUUGUUAUAUUUAUGUUAAUACAUUUAUAUAUUGUAGAUUUUAUUUCACAUUAUAAAAUAUAUUUGACUAUUGGUACAAAUAUUGCAUUGCCAUGACAGAACCGUUUGUUCUGAAUUUAUUUAUAUUAACACACUUUAUUUUGACUUCCCGGUCUUUUAGAAUACUGUAAUUAUGUGCACAGGAUAAGAAGUGAUUAUGAUUGAAAGUGUGGGAAUGGCGUUUUGAGAUAUCCCAAUGAACAGAGUACUCAUUGACAAGUAUUUGAUGGGGUCUGUGCAAUUCUCAUGUAAUAAUGGUAAUGUUCUCCUACAAUAUCCAGCAGAACACGCUCUUCAGACAUACAGUAGAGAACAAUAUUUAUAGAGUAACACAUUUAUAUAUGGCCCCCAGCUGUAGCCACCUAAACAUCUACGAGUACUCGGCAUGAGACCAGGGGCCUAAUUCACAAAGGUCUCUUAGGCUCUGCUAGACAACAAAACAUCCUCUUUGUAAGUGUUUUAGCAUUGCACUGCGAGAUCGCAAAGUUGCGAGAGUUUAUUGAAUUUGCCCCCAGGGGCCUACUCCAUAAACCUGUCUCAAGCAACAUCACAUCGACCAUGCAUGUCUUUUUACAUUGCACUGCGGGAUUGCAAAUUUGCAAGAGUUCAGGCCCCAGUUCUAUCUGAGAACGCUGCAACACACUAGAAGUGUUUAACACCCAAUCAGUUAUAUACUAGGUCCCCUAUAUACAUACUAUGAGUAGUUAACGAAGAGUCUUUGUACUAUAUGUAGGUCUCAAUCUGUAGACACUGAAUCAUCACUAAACAUGCUGUACAUACUUAAAGUACUUGAUGCAGGAUCAGUUAUACCACAUCCCCUGGUGUAGACACUGUGACACACCAGAAGGACUUACAGAAGUACGUAAUGUAAGAUCAGUUGUAUUAGGUCCCCUGAAAUUCAGGAUCAGUUGUACUAGGUCCUAUACUGUUGACAAUGUGACAUACUAGAAGGGCUUAUAGAAGUAUGUAAUGUAAGAUCAUUUGUACUAGGUCCUAUACUGUUGACACUGAAACAUGCUUAAAGGAUCAGUUGUACUUGAUGUAGGUCCCCAACAGUAGACAGUGUGUGAUGCAGAAUCAGUUGGCUAGGUCCAUAAUUGUAGACACUGAAACAUACUAGAAGUACUUAACACAGGAUUACUCUAGGCCAUGUCCUCAGUCCUGCAGACAAUUUUCACACUUGAUAUAAACUUGGAGUCAGAUGUAGAGGAUAAUAAACAAGUUACUAGUUAUCAAAUUUAUGUCCUUGGUGAAAUACUUUUCACUUAUCAUGAGCUUUAUGUUGUGAGCUUUAAUAAGUGACAAAUGAAAAUGAUUUCAGGAGGGAUAUAAAUUUGAUAAUAACUGCUACCAAGAUUGCUAUUAUGUUUAUUACUUCGGCUAUUUUAUGUAUAAACAUAUUUAAUUUGUAUAUCUAUACAUGCACAUGUCUUUAGAAAUGAUUUAAACCACUACAACAUUACAUUUUAUUCACAUUCACAUAUAAUUAUAAGAAGAAAAAAGUGCUAUUUAUUGUUUUAAAAAAAAAUAUCUAAAGAAUUGUAAAUAGAAUUUUAAUAUAAAUUUAACA